UUAAGUAUAAGAAAGAACAUAUUGCUUAGCGAUGAAGAUCGUCCUUAUGUUGCUAGUUUUAACAUCACUAGUUUUUGUCAGUGCGGAAGAAAAGAAGGCUAAGCCUAGAAUCUACGGCGGCUAUAAUGCCCAACCCUUUACAGUGAUUUACAUGGUUGGAAUCCUCGUCGCAGAAAGUUAUACCUCUGCAAUUGAAUUUGGGGCCGGUACAGUGAUUUCGAAUCAAUGGGUCCUCACAGUCGGGUCACUUCUCAAGUAUGAGUUUGUUGAGGUCCACACCGGCUCACGAAGACCAUGGUGGGGAUGGAAAAUUUUCAGGGUCUACAGUGAAAACUAUUACAUCCACCCAAACAAAAAGCACGAUCUUGGAUUGCUUAAAUGUCCGUAUAUGAAGUUUGACAGACGAUUGCACCGGGCACUAGUUCCAAAUUUGAUGAUACGAGAUUACCGCUGGACAGGAAAUUUGACCUUGGUAUGCGGUUGGGGAAAAACAAGUAAGAAUUCAAAAAUUGAAAAUUGGCUGAAUUGCAUUCAAGUGAAAAUUAUAUCAAACACUGAGUGCGCCAAGAGUUAUCCCCAAGUGGAAUCUUUUAAUGUCUGCACCUCCGGAGCCGGCAAUAAAGGCGUUUGCGAGGGGGACAUCGGCGGACCAGUAGUCACACUGGACGGCAGACCCACAUUCGUCGGGGUUAUUCAUCUUAUGCCUGCAAAUUGUAAGGGUGAACACCCAUCGAUACACAUACGUACCAGCGAUCACCUUAAUUGGAUAAAGGCUCAAGCCAAUGUACAUUUCCCUAGUCACUUUGGAGACUGAUGAUGUUUUAAAGAAGCAUAAACUCAAACAUUUUUAAGAAACUGGCACUUAACAAGCAAAUUUAUUUACGAAAUUUAUUCUUUUGGCACUUAAACUUAAUAAAUUUGUUUC